AAUUCACUUUAUAAUAUUAAAGGUUAAUGAAAGUUAGAGAUUAGAGAUUGGAGAAAUAAUUAUGGUCCUAAUUUUUCCCACAAAGGAAAACGAAAAUGAAAAUGAUUAACAAUUAAUUAGUCCCUUAAGGACAAUUCGUUUACCACACUAAACUCAUAGCUCUUCCCCCUUCUCCCUUCUCCACCAAAUCUCAGGACUGAACUUCCAAACGCAUUGGGAGAUGGCGAAUGAAUGAAAAAGAGCAACAUUUCAUGGAGGAAAGUGACGAUCGACAAUCGGAAUCGGAUAUCUUCCCCCGCAAGAACUCAAAUCUUUCUGAAUUCUCGAAAUCUGUCCACCGUUCUGUCAUCUGUGGUUGGUGAGAUCGAACGAAUUCGUACAGAAAACACCCUCUGCCCUCGAACAACCUUCAAGUUUAUUGCAAUAUAUGCCAAUCUCAAUCUUUCUUGUUAUGCAAUCGAAUCGGCGGAUCUACUUCGAGUCACCAAAUGGGGCAUAAGAAGCGAGCAUCCGCUCCGCGGUCCAAGCCGCCGCCCUCUCCGCCGUCCCCGGCUGCUCCUUCAGCUCCCGACGACGACGGGGCCGCCAGAGUUGCACCAGCUGAUGGAAAGACGAAAGGGGAAUCGACGAUGGCCAUCGGAUCGGAUGGUUUGAUCCCGGCACUUGUUUGCCAAGAAUGCGAGCGCGCGCUCACCGCUCUCCGCCGCGGAAACCACACCAAAGCUCUGAGGCUUAUGAAGGAUGCGUGUAGCCGCCACGAAGGCUCCGCUUUUGCUCACCGCGUUCAUGGUACCGUAUGUGCUAGGGUAGCUUCUUUGAUUGAUGAUCCUAAUGCUAAACAAAGGCACUUGAAAAAUGCGAUAGAGUCCGCUCGGAGAGCGACGGCGCUCUCGCCGAACUCGAUUGAGUUUGCAUAUUUUUACGCGAAUUUGCUAUUUGAGGCGUCGAAUGAUAACAAGGGAUAUGACGAAGUUGUGCAAGAGUGCGAGAGGGCGUUAUCGAUUGAAAAACCAAUUGACCCCGCGAAGCAGAGUCUACAAGAGGAGAGUCAGUUGAAAGUUUCGAAUCCGGAGGCGCGAAUUGCUAACGUUCAACAAGAUAUUCGGGCUCUUAUACAGAAAGCGAACAUUGCUUCUAUAUCGACUUGGAUGAAGAAUCUCGGGAACAAUGGCAAUGAGGAAAAAUUUAGGUUUAUACCAAUGAGGCGCUUCACUGAGGACCCUGUGGAGGUUAAGGGUGUCCAGAGUAGGAGAUCCAAUGAGAUUAAGAAGGCAACCAAGACGCUUGAAGAAAGAAGAAUGGAAAUUGAGGUGAGGGUGGCUGCUGCGAGGCUGCUGCAGCAGAAACCAGAUUCACCUCAAUCGCCAAAAGAUGAUGUUUUGGUGUUUGAAUCGCCUGCUGGAUCUCAUAGGCUCGGAGAAAGGAGGAGAUAUGCAAAUAUGAAGAAAUUUCUCUCUUCGGUUGAUAGAAUGGAUCAAGUUCGGACAUAUUGGAAAUCAAUGAGUGUUGAGAAGAAGCGGGGAUUGCUGAAGGUGGCAAUUUGUGAUUUAGAAGCGCACUUCAGUUCAUCCAAGGAUGGCGUGGCAUCUGAAGUUUUGUUAGAAGCAUUGAACUUUGCCAAGGAGAAUAAUACAUGGAAAUUUUGGGCGUGCUGUUGCUGUGGUGAGAAGUUAGCAGAUCCAAAUUUGCUCAUGCGGCAUAUUAUGGGGGAGCACCUGGGGCACCUCUCACCAAAAUUGCAGUCAGUUUUGCCUCAAGAAGUGGAGGGCGAGUGGGCUAACAUGCUUGCGGAUGGCAUGUGGAAACCGGUUGAUAUAGCAGCUGCUGUGAAAAUGAUUGAAAAUCUGUCAUCUAAGUGUCAGCUGUCUAGUCUUGCUGAUAGAGACACUGCGAUUAAUGAUUGUUGCUCUGACCAUGCAGGUGAUGGUUCCGGCCAGGAAGUUAAGGUGCAACAAUUUGAUGAGGAAUCCAAGGAAGGGUAUACUUGCAAUCAAAAUGAUGUGGUCGGUGGAAACCACAAAAAUGUUCCUAACUUUAGAGAAAUUGAAUGUGAUUUUCCCACAGCAGUUACUAAUGAUCAGAAGUGGCCUUUAUCUGAUGAUUCUGAGCGCACAAAGAUCCUUGAGAGAAUCCACCGAAUGUUCCAAUUGCUUUUGAGACACAGAUACCUUGCCACAAGUCAUCUUAACAAGGUCAUACAAUAUGCCAUGGACGAACUGCAGUGUCUCAUUCCAGCAUCACAGCUUCUGAUCCAUGGCCUGGAUCAAAGACCUCUCUGCAUAUGUUUCUUGGGAGUCUUCCAGCUUAAAAAAAUUCUUAAAUACUUGCAAGAAUUGUCUUAUGCUUGCGGUUUGAGUAGGCAUUCUGAGAAGGCUGCAGAUGAGGCACUCACUGGCAAUCAGGGGUUUGAAAUUAAAGAGAGGAUUCUUUUUACAAAUGACUUUUCCCAUCUCCUCUUGGAUGACCGCAUGUUGGGAGGGGAGCUUCUUCCCAUCACGCAUGAUGAUGCUGUUGCAGAUGAUGGUUCUGCCACAACUUCUGCUCUUGAUGGCUAUGGCAGUGAUACAUUGCCAGAUGGUGAUGCCCUAGUGUCUUGGUUAUUUGCGGGCCCUUCUAUAGGAGAGCAGCUUGCAUCAUGGAUGCAGUUAAUAGAUAAGAAAAAACGUCAAGCGAUGGAAGUUUUCCAGAUCCUUGAGAAGGAAUUUUACCUCUUACAAAGCACAUGUGAAAGAAAACUUGAGCAUUUGUGCUAUGAAGAAGCAUUUCAGGCUGUUGAGAGUUAUUGUCUUGAAGAACAUAAGAAGAGGGAGCAAGUUCCAAAUUUUGUUCCCAGAAGUUAUGAUUUUGUCCUGAGGAAGUGCCAAGAAGAGUUUGUUGGGAGGAAUGGUGAUGUUGCAUGCAGCAACAAGAGUGUUGAAUUGGAAGUCAUAGGAAAUGUUCUUAAAGAAGCACAGGUUCUGAAUGUUGAUCAGUUUGGAUUUGAAGAAACAUUAACUGGUGUGACCUCACAUUUAUGUGAUUUAGAAUCCGGUGAAGAUGAUGAGCAGAGAUUGCGCAGAUCAGACACUUGCGUGGAAGUAGCAAUUCAGCGUCAGAAAGAGCAGCUGUCCAUAGAGCUUAGCAAAAUCGAUGCAAGGAUUUUGCGGAGUUUUGUGGCCAUGCAUCAGUUGGAGCUUAAAAUUUGGCUGCUGUCUGCCCUUGACUAUCGGUCAAUUAUGAUGCCCCUUUUAAAAUCAUUCAUGCAGGCACAUUUGGUGGAUCUGGUUGACAAAGAUGCCUUGGAGAAAUCUGAUGCUGCCAGGGAUGCAUUCUUAGCCGAACUUGCACUUGAUGCUGCGAAAAAUACCAACAGUGGAGGCAAUCAAGCAAAACAGAUGCAGGCGAAAUGGAAAGAUAAGAAAAAGAACAAAGACAGCAGAAAAGCUAAGGAUUUAAAGGCUACUGGUGGUAGUGAGCAACUUCUGCAUCAUCAGGAGGAUGUAGAAAAAGUUCACUUUCCUGUCGCAUAUGAUGGUGAUUAUCCAAAUUCUGAGAUUGGUGUUUCUGUAAGUGCUGAUGAAUUUGAACGACAGGAAGAGGAACUUAGGCGUAAAAUUGAGCUUGAAGCAGAGGAAAGAAAAUUGGAAGAAACUUUGGAGUACCAAAGAUGGAUUGAGAAUGAGGCUAAACAGAAGCUCCUUGCUGAGCAAAAUAAGAAGGAAGUUGGAGCAAUUCAUGAGACUCUGGCAGAGAGAAUGCCGGCUGUUUGCUCAAAGCCUUGCGAUGUUGGUGAUAAUCCAACCGAAUGUGAGCAGUUAAGACACUAUGAGUCAGGAACAUUGGCUGCUGCUGCAGGUAAUGGCUGUUCAGAUAGUUGGAAUGUAACAGAUGUUGGUGGAUUACGUGAUCAAGUUUCACUUCCCUCAGAUAAUGGGAACUGUGAAUUGGAUGAUACCAGAAAAAUUACUGGGUUGCCUGACGUGCUAUCGAUUUCAGAAAUUAGAAGCUAUAACCAAGAAAAACCUGUUAAAGAUUUGUUGGUAAAUGGAACCAGAAUUUCAGAAGAUUUAUCAUGUGUUUCUGUUAACAUUUCAAAGGGGACGGCAGUGCCCAGUAAAUGCUCAUCUGCAUCUCGUACCCAAAGGAGUAAAAGAAAGAAAAGCCAUUCCCGUGGCAAGGUCAAGGAAGGUUUACCCAAUCAGGUAAUCCCUGAAGAUGGUGGUUUAGUUUCUGAUAAAUGGGUGGGAAGGCAAGAUCAAUGGCAUAGCAGCUCUUUUAACUCACUUGGUGCAAGUUCUGGAGGAGCCAUGUCAGGAGGGGAAGAAAAGCAUGAAGUUGGGACUUCUCAAACAGAAGGCUGUGCUUUGGAUCAGAGUGGUUUUCAUGGGGCUAAUAACAUGUUCCAAGCACAGAUGAAUCUUCCCUUGAAGGCAAGGCAAAAAAUUCUGGAAAAGCCAUCCCAGCAACAAGAAGAAUUUGGGGAUUUACCAGCUGAUGUCAUGGUCAACAACCUGGAUGCAUUAGAUGCAUUUGGGGCAGGUCUGAAAAAUGAUGUUGGUGAAUACAAUUGCUUUUUGAAUGUUAUUAUCCAGUCUCUCUGGCAUUUAAGAAAAUUUCAAGAUAAGUUCCUAAAUACAUCAAUCUCUGUACAUGUGCACAUUGGAGAUCCCUGUGUUGUCUGUGCAUUAUACGAGGUUUUUUCGACACUUAGGAUGGCAUCUGCAGAGAUGCGAAGAGAUGCUGUUGCUCCAACCUCGCUGAGAGUUGCUUUGAGUAAUUUGUACCAUGACAGUAAUUUCUUCCAGGAGGCACAAAUGAAUGAUGCUUCUGAAGUGUUGGCAGUAAUUUUUGAAUGCCUUCAUCGUUCAUUUACUUCUGGUUCGGGUGUUUCUGAUACUGAAUCAGAAGGAAGCAAUUGCACGGACUCUUGGGAUUGUUAUAGCAACACUUGUUUGGCACAUUCUCUUUUUGGAAUGGACAUUAUUGAAAGAAUGAACUGCUAUGACUGUGGUGUUGAGUCCAGACGUAUGAAGUACACUUCCUUCUUUCACAACGUAAAUGCGAAUGCACUCAGAACAAUGAAGACGAUGCAUAAAAAUAGCUCUUUUGAUCAGCUUUUGAAGUUUGUGGAGAUGAAUCACCAAUUGGCAUGUGACCCAGAGGCAGGAGGCUGUGGAAAACCCAACUCUAUCCACCAUAUUCUUUCAACCCCUCCUCAUUUGUUUACUGCUGUUCUUGGUUGGCAGACCACUUGUGAGUGUGCUGAUGACAUUUCUGCAACAUUGUCGACUCUGACUACUGAAAUAGAUAUUAGUGUCAUAUAUCAGGGUUUAGAUCCUGGGAACAGACAUUGCCUUGUUUCAGUGGUUUGCUACUAUGGGCAGCAUUAUCACUGCUUUGCUUACAGUCAUGAGCAUGAAAGAUGGUUUAUGUAUGACGACAAAACUGUGAAGGUUGUUGGUUGUUGGGACGAUGUUCUCAAGAUGUGCGAAAGAGGGCAUCUACAGCCUCAUGUUCUCUUCUUUGAAGCUGUACAGUAAAUUUUCCAUGAACAGCAUCCCUGUGAGUAACACUGGUUCUCUCUCUAUCUCUAUCUCUCUCUCUUUUGUUGCCAAAGCCAAUUUUUGACUGUGGAAGCAGUAAUUUUGUACAAGGAGAUCGUGGGGCCACGUUGUAAUGGAAGAGGGUUUGGUUCCAUAAUGAAAGGAAUGGAUCAAAGAAUAUGAAUGAAGUCAUAGGCACUAGGGGUGGGGGAUCACACCUUGCAGCUUAUUUUGUUUGUGUUUUUUUUUGGUACUUCCCUUUUGAGGCUUUUUGCAAUAAGGUUACUUUCAUUGGAGGGCGAAAUCAUAAAGGAGUGGUGAAGCACAGUUGCAUGCUUCAAUGGAGUGUGACAUGAAUAAUACCGUGGCUCUGGGAGCAAGAAACAGAAGCACAAUCCCGCUCAAGGACUGACUAAUACCCUGGUUAAUACAGGUUUGUUAUGCGACUGUGCGAGUGCAGUACAUGUAAACAUGUGGCUCAAUUGGUUUCAAUACAAAGAUAGGUGAAAUGAUGAUGACAGUUGAGGAAAAAAAAAAUAAAAAAUCAAAAGAGACGGUUUCAGGUAA